AUGGCGACGCCGAGGGUUCUCCUCAGCAGCGCCAUUAUGCCGGAAGUCAACAACUGGAUCCCUCCCAGCUACGCGCAGGAUCAUGAGAAGCUCGAACAUCUUGCGAAAGACAUUUUUGCGGACGAAGUUCCUGGGGAUGACUCGGAGGUGCACUUUUAUCUUGCAGCGCUCGAUAUCGGCACAACAACGUGUACUGCACGUCUGAUAGGUGAGAGCGUGAUUCCCGGCGACCCGAUCCAGCCUCUUGAUCUUUCGUUCUGGGAUUCUGCUUUCACCGAGCCCGAAGUUGCCAAGCCGCAGUCGAAAACAGAGAGGAAAGCAAAAAAGAAGUCUCAGGUCAAGGUCCAGGAGAAAUUGGACUCAGAGUCAGAUCUGGAGUCAGGGCCUGUUGGCAAGCGCACUCGCUCUUCAAAUCCCCGAUCACACACUUCAAAUCGGGAUUCGACUUUCUAUCCUACGCUACCAGCAGACGCGACCCCGGAGAACUACUACAAAGAUAGAGAUGAUUGUACGGGGUCGAAGCACGAAAGCCCUGCGACUCUUGCCGAGCCCUCAAGAAAAGCUGUCGAAUAUUCCACCCUGCGAUGUAUACCAAAGCUUCGCGUGAGGUGAACAGGCAUUGGACGAAGCGGGUGAACGAGUCCUGCGCUUGUUGUUCGUCGGGCAGCAAGUUGCAUUGC